GACCAGCCAAAGAUCCACAAGAUCCGAAUCACCCUCACUUCCCGCAAGGUCCAGGCCCUCGAGAAGGUCUGCACCGAGCUGAUCGAGCGUGCCAAGAGCAAGGAGUUGCGCGUCAAGGGCCCAGUUCGCAUGCCAACCAAGAACCUCAAGAUCUCUACCCGCAAGACUCCUUGUGGUGAGGGUUCUAAGACUUGGGACAUGUACGAGAUGCGCAUCCACAAGCGUCUGAUCGACUUGAACGCCCCAACCGAGGUCGUCAAGCAGAUCAUCAUCAACAUCGAGGCUGGUGUUGAGGUCGAGGUUACCAUUGCUGCAUAA